AAACGAAAUUCUUACACUAAUUCUUAUAACCUUAGAUAUAUCUCUAAUCUUUUCAUAUAACUGAAUGGCUGUUUGGGGAUUACUAUUUUAUUGAAAAGAGCUAGAAUUAGUGAAUAAUCUAAUAAAAAAAGGCGGUCGUGUCAGUAAUCAUUGUUUGUCGAACAGGAGAUGACUUCCCAUUCAGAUGAUGAUGAUCAGGAGGUGGAUAUCGAUGAGUUCCAAGAUGCUUGCGAUACAUCAGAUAUUUCUACACUACCUGAACACAUGACUCUGGAUAGAGCUAUGGAAGAAGCCCAAAAAGCGAUCGAGUACUUCUUCAACAAUCAAUUCACUGAAGCCAGAAAUAUGAUGGUUCCAUACGCAAACAGCAGCAUGUACCACGCUCUUGGAAAUUCUGUGUUUUUAUACCUAGAAGCUUUACUUACCUUUGAUCCUCAGAAUAUUCAGGCAGCUUCCAAGGCCCUUAAAGAUUCCAUUAGAGUAUGCAAUAGAUUUAGGAAAAAAAACACUUUGGGAGAAUCGUUAGGAAAAAUGGUUGUACGUAAGAAUAAUUUUGAUCAAUUUACUGAAGAAGAAGCCCAUGCAGAACUCUGUUAUGCUGAAUGUUUGCUUUUGAAAUCAAUGCUCACUUUUAUCGAAGAUGAAACUUUAGCCAGUUUUAUAAAGGCAGGUUUCAAAAUCAGAUCCUGUUACAACUGUUACAAGGACUGCCAACAGAUUCUUUUUAAGAGAGAUUGGAAUUCUUCUACAACAAAACAUCAUUUUGAAGGAGGUGUUAUGAUGGGAAUUGGCACUUUCAAUUUAAUGAUUUCCAUGUUACCAGCUAGAAUCAUAAAAUUAUUGGAAUUUAUCGGAUUUUCUGGAAACAAACAAUUAGGACUCGAUCAUUUACAGAAAGGUUAUCAUUUGGAAGGUAUUCGACAAAUCUUGUGUAUAAUGACUCUGUUAGGCUAUAAUUUGAUGGUGCUAUACAUUGUUAGCCAUUCUGAGGGCGAUCUUAAAAUUUGUGAGGAGAUUCUGAAAAAACAACUUGGAAAACACCCUAACGGAGUAUGGUUUCUGUUCUUCAAAGGCCGAAUGGAAUUCAUGAGAGGUAACCUUGACCAGGCAAAAGAAUGGUACCUAAAAUCAUGGCGAUCUCAAAAUACGUGGCCUCAAUUUCAUCAUGUAUGCUUUUGGGAAUUGCUCUGGUUGGAAAGUGUUCGAUGCAAUUGGAAGGAAGCCUUGGAGUAUAGUAAUCGUUUAACUAAAGAGAGUAAAUGGUCUAGAACCAUAUAUAGUUACCAAAAAGCAGCUAUAAUGUUGAUGAUGGAUAACAUUUCUUCUAGUGACAAAGAGAUCAUAAAUAGCUUGAUGAAAGAUGUACCAAAGUAUAAACAACGUAUCGCUGGCAAAUCCAUACCCAUGGAAAAAUUCGUUAUCAAGAAAUCUGAGCGUUAUUUCAAUCAAAAACAACAUCUUAUUCUGCCAGUUUUCGAACUGAUGUAUUUAUGGAAUCUUUUCAAAGUGUUCAAACAGUUCAACUUAACUGACCAAGUUUACAAACUUCUUGAAAAGACAUUGGCCACUCUGAAUUCCUCCACCCUCAAGUCAAAAUAUGACAUGGACAAUAGAGCUCUAAUCCUACUCUUGCAAGGAGCUGUACUGAGGAGAAUGCAAAGUCCUCUUCAGGCUUUAGAAUGUUUGGAAAAUGCUAUAGCUCUUCAGAAAGAUAUUGUUGAUGAUACAUAUUUGAUUCCUUAUGCAAUUGUGGAACUAGCACUUAUUGAAUGGGAUUUGGGAAACAAAGAGAAGGCUGUUUUAGCUCUAGAAGAUGCUCGGAAAAAUUAUACUGGAUAUUCCAUGGAAUCAAGACUUCAUUUCAGAAUUCACACAGCAUUAACAGAAUUCAAACCAGAAUUGAAAAACUUUCAAGACACUCAUUUGUGAAUUAGCAGUCUAGUUUUUGUUAUGUUUGGAAUUUCAUUUAAAAAAUAUAUUCAUUAUCAUAUAUUUUUUGUUAACGUCAAGGUCUUAUUGGAAAUAUUUAUUUAGGCUGUGUUAUCACUUGUAAUGUAAAUAAUGCAUUUAUGUUCCUUA